GAUGGAGCACAGUACCGAGCCAGCACACAGGAACGACUCAUCAUCAAUCAUCCCAAGAAGCUUACAUCUGAAGUCACCGACCGACUCUUUGAUUCUUUCUAUCGAUCGUCAAGAAUAAUACAAGUAGGAAAGAACUCAGAUGAUCAGGAGGCGAUAUUAGUCCUCCUGUUGCUAGUGGUUGUGGCUUUGGCUCUUGGGGGAGAGCUUGGGACUAGAAGAUAUCCGCAGAUGGAGUUGACUCGCAGAAAACACUGGAAACAUGCUCCUUUUGCGCCUUCCUCUUCCUCCUUGUCGCAGUCCUCGUCCUCUGCUCCUUUCAGGUGGAGCGAUGGCUCAUCUGGCAGCGGCGAUGACGAUUUGGUAGAGAAGGAGCACAUGUUCGACAAGGUGGUGACGCCGAGCGACGUCGGCAAGCUGAACCGGCUGGUUAUCCCCAAGCAGCACGCCGAGAGGUACUUCCCGCUGGACGCUUCGGCCACCCAGAGAGGGCUGUUGCUCAGCUUCGAGGACCGCAACGGCAACUCGUGGCGCUUCCGGUACUCCUACUGGAACAGCAGCCAGAGCUUCGUGAUGACCAAGGGGUGGAGCCGCUUCGUCAAGGAGAAGCGGCUAGCCGCCGGGGACACCGUCUCGUUUGGCCGCGGUGUCGGCGAGUCCGGACGCGACCGGCUUUACAUUGACUGGAAGCGGCGGCCUGAGAGACUUGACCCAAUCCCAGUGCCACGAAUCCCUCUCCCUGGAGUAACCUUUGCGAGGUCGGUCGGACCAACGGGCGGACACCUCUACAUGCUACCUGCGACGACGACGGUGUACGGCCACCACGGCCAGGGUUACGGCUACAAUAUCGCAAGCAUGACUGCUUUGGAGGGGCAGUUUCUUUACUUCCCACCUCCAGUCACCGGUCGGCCGCCGAUCGAGGUGCAACCUGGUGGCGGUGGUGGCCUGUCGAUGGUUCUUGAUCCGGUGCCCGUCGCCCACAGCCAUGCCACGGCCAGGCACGUCAGGCUGUUCGGGGUGAACCUCGUGUGCCCCGACGCAGAAGACGAUGGCGGCGUCCGCGGAGUUACACCAUCGAUCUUGCUACAGUCGCAACAAGAUUCCGCGCUCCGUCUCCUCUCACUCCCGCUGCAGCAGGACACAUUGGUUCCGUCCUCGUCGAUGAUCAAGGAGCAGCAUUCGCCGUCGGAUCUCGACUUAUGAGGAAGUUGGAGGGUACAAGAAAGGUUAUUGCCAUUGCCUUACGGAUCAACUGGGAAGGACACUGGAAGACUAAGUUGGCCACAGUUUUGUUUUCUCAGCUUCAACUAAAAUGGGCAGAGUUCCGGAGCAAUGGAGAUAGAAGAUGGGUCAGCUUUGCUCUUUUGGCAAAUGAAUUGACGAGUUGUUGCUGUACUGAUAAGCACACACCAAAGACACUGGCUGCUGGCACUGUAUGUAUUCUUAGUUCUACUAAGAUGUUUUUGGUGUUGCUUGUCCAAAUUUUAGGGUUUGACUGGUCUAUUGUUGUUCUUACUACUACUCACAAACAAAACAAGAUUACAACAAAGAUAAAAUAAAUGCAAAAGUUGAAGAAUGGAGAAUAGUUAAAACUUUUCUUGUAUUAUGCAACUCCGAAGGCAAGAAUAACCUUACAUGUCUAAUUGAUCGUAUCAUAGAGAUUUUGUUGGAUGCGAAUCAUUAUCGGCUUUUUAAAUUUCCUCCUUAAAACCAUGUGUUGACCAAACAUGUGGAGUUUUUACUACUGUGUAUUUCUAUCAUAGAACUACAGUUCUUAGAACUCUUUAUCCUCUCCUAAAGAUCCCAGUAACUCAUCUGCACAUGCAACUAUUCAUUUACGAGUUCAUAUGAUGGUUAUUUAUGCAUCAUUGCGUGCAACCAUAUCAAUGUUAAUUCGUGGUCUCUAUCAGAAUCUGUGAUUGUAUUAACUUAAUUUCAGUGCCUUUGUAGUCAUUUCUUCAUGUCUCAUGCCUCAUGCCUCGGGAGACUAACAAGUAUAUCCUCUACUGUUGACCGUAUUGCUUUUUAUCGGAGUGUGUCAGUGUAUUACUUGUCCUUUAUAUGUCUCAAGUGCCAAUUUACUAGUUGACUUAUCUCUACAGUCCACAUGCCUGUUGCUCCAGAAAAGAAAGGCAAGGCUGCAUGCCCACAAUAUCUCCAGUCUUGCAAUGAUACAUAGUAUGUGCUUAUACAUGCAGAAGAAAACGAAGAUCAUUCAGAAGAUUAGUGUCUACAUAACAAAGAAGUUAUUUCAUUGUUUCCUUGGAAAAGCUACGUGCGACAUGGAAAGUUCUACAGUAUCUAAAGUUAUUUAAUUAAUUCUUUCAUAACUAUUUUAUUA